UUCUCUGGUGAUGUUGGGGAAGAGCCAAACGCGUCUCCCCACCCGCAAAGCUGAGAAGGAGUCCCCAGGGGUGCGUGAAGCAGCGGCUCGUGGCCGCAGUCAGGGCUGGGGAGUGGUGUUUGCAGUGUGCCCUCGGAACGCCAGCGCUAAACCAAGGGCAGACUCUCUCACAGGCCAGAAGCGAUCUCUCUCCCGGACGCGCUUUGGGGCUCCGGUUCCAUGAGCCGGGCUCCGGGUCUUGACUCGCGCCUCGUCACUCUGGAGAGGCGGAAAGCGGCUUGCGGUUGCCGUGGGAACCGUGCCAGGCCCCGACGCCGCACACGACUCCUGGCGCCCCGGGGCGGGGCGGAGACUGCGGCGCUCCGGGUCUCCGAAAGACACCUGUCGCCAGCACUGAGGGCAGGGAGGCGGCGUCGCCCAGAGACUGAUGCCCAGAGAGGGUGGCUGACCCGCUCAGGCCACACAGCACUGGGAGGACUCCUGCUCACCCUUCUUUGCUCAACCCUCUGGGAUCUCACCUGAUCUAUGCAGCCCCGUUUAACAUCUCAGCACACUGAGAAGGAGGAGGCCUUGGAUAGCAGCUCCGUUUUACAGAUGGGAACACUGAGGCCCACAGCAAGGAGGCUUCGCCGGAUUACAUCUGUGAAGCUGUCAUUACUGUCACCCACCCUGUGAGGUCAAGUAGCACCAGCUUGGAUAUCCAAAUUCACUUGCUGGUAGCUGCAGUGCUGCUGAACUAAGUCCCCAGCCCAAGAAAUAGGCUUUUAAAAUCUUAGCAGUUUGGAAAGUUAAAUGGAAUGGGCUCCUGGCCAGUGCCUUCCUCUGCUGGUUUCCAUCUCACUGGCAUCUCUGGGAAGAGCCAGAUCCUUUUCGCUCUUGUCUUCACCACCAGGUACCUGGACCUCUUCACCAACUUCAUUUCCAUCUACAAUACAGUAAUGAAGGUGGUUUUUCUUCUCUGUGCCUAUGUCACGGUGUACAUGAUCUACGGGAAGUUUCGUAAAACGUUUGACAUUGAGAAUGACACAUUCCGCUUGGAGUUUCUUCUGAUCCCAGUCAUCGGCCUUUCCUUCCUGGAGAAUUACAGUUUCACGCCACUGGAAAUCCUCUGGACCUUCUCCAUCUACCUGGAAUCAGUGGCCAUCCUGCCCCAGCUCUUCAUGAUCAGCAAGACUGGAGAGGCCGAGACCAUCACCACACACUACCUGUUCUUCCUAGGGCUGUACAGGGCACUCUACCUGGCCAACUGGAUCAGGCGGUACCAGACUGAGAACUUCUAUGACCAGAUCGCUGUAGUGUCUGGGGUAGUGCAAACUAUCUUCUACUGUGACUUCUUCUACUUGUAUGUAACCAAAGUCCUUAAAGGAAAGAAGUUAAGUCUUCCAAUGCCAAUUUGAGGGCCUUCAAAAAUGGCCCAUACCUUACCAAGGUCAGUGAAGAAACCAUUUUGAUUUUUUGGUGAACUUACUCAUGACUUGAGAUCACAUGAUCAAGACAUAAAAAUGUGUGGUAUGGAUUUCAGCAAAGAACUUGUCAUUCCACCUAGAAGACCUCACCAGGACUUCCCUUACAAUCCUCAAUACGGAGGUGAUGAAAAGCAGGGCACUGCACAAGUCAGAACAUCAGCUGGAAGGAGAAACCUUAGGGUGCCUAACUCCAUCAAUGGAACAAUAAACCAUUGCUCCUUUAAAGCCCUGCUACAAAACUCAUGCCAAACAGGCCCAAACUACAAAGAUGCCCCUGUAUAGAAUGCCCCCAAAUGAAGAUCAGCUGGAACAUUAGGGCCCAGUUUUCAUACUAAUUUUCACAAAUUUUAGUUAGACCAAAUUGAGGUAGUUGGGAUAUGAAAGUGUUAGCCACCAAGAAUCAAAUGGUUUACUUCUGCACUGCUUUCAAGCCACAAGAAAACCAAGUUUACUAUCUUUGGCUGGAAAUGAUACAAUUGUGCCUCACCUUUAAUACUGGCUUGAGUCCUUUACUAUGGCUCAAGUGAGCCCUGUACUUGGUACCUUUUUCCCAGAAGCCAGCUUAAGAUGGCACAGUUGCCAUUAUCAACAUUUUACUGAUGAGCUGAAGAUACCAACCAUUUACCUACCAGGUAUCCUGCCCUGUUAAAUGCUUGCACUAAAACCAACCAUCCCCACUUCCUUUCAGUUUUAGGUGCUAAUAAGGUGAUUAGUCUGUCCAAUACUCUUAUCUUGAAGCAAAA